AUGGACGGAAAACAACAGGAUGUAAAACGAAAAAAACGGAAACCAGGGAAGCGCUGUUUAGUGAUGUUUUGUAACAAAACAAAUGCAGACGGAGUCAGUCUUCACCAGCUUCCAGCUGAUGAAAGUUUGGGGCGACAAUGGAUUGCAUUUGUGCGAACAACAAGAGAACGUAAUAGUUGGACACCAGGUUCGGGUCACAUUUGCAGCGACCAUUUCUCAGCUGACGACUACGAAAGAUUCGGCGCAAAAGUGGCUGGAUUUAGCUCUAAGCUAGUGUUAAAGAAGCCCGCAGUUCCUUCUAUUCAAGUGUCUCCUACUCCUGAGCAAAUAAACGAAGCUCGAAGAAUAAAAAGAAAACUCUCACUGUCUAACGAAAAAUUGAGGGUAGAAGACUUGAGCUCCGUGAUCACACAGGAGACUUACACUACACCAAAACGACAAAGCCGGGCCUUAUCAAAACUAACGGCAAACAGGGUAUGAGAAAGAUAUUUCUCGCUUCUGCUUAUCUUUGCUUUUGUAGACCUGGUGUCAGUUUAUGUUUGUAAAUUAGUUGCUUUGGUCACUAAAGUAGUAAUGUAUUUUUGAAAAAAACAGUCGGUGGUUGAGUUUGAUUGCAUCUGUGAAGAUAACGUAUCAGUUUCCACAUCGUCUACCAGCACUUGUGAAGCAGUCCUGGAUGAACUACAUGACACAAGAAGUGCUGAAAAUGAAGCUUCUCGUUCAGUUAAGGAACAAGUCGUAACGGCAAACAAGGGUACUUAGAAAGGCAACCGGCGUCCUCCUUGUCGAAGUAAAGGUAUUUACCAUUAACGUACCCUUUAGAAUUAAACCAAUGUUCAGGGGUAAAUCGUAGCGUAACGUUCCCUAUUUUUUGUUUUUUUGGGGGUUUUUUUUUUUAACCCAACAGGUAUACAAGCUACUGCAAGGAAAGCAAUUUUCAUUGAAAAUGGUAUGCAGCGCAACAUUGCCAACUUACCCCCACUAUCUCUUCUACCAACUGAAUGCGAUAGAGAUACCAAAAGAAAAAUUAACCCCAUAAUUCUUGAGAGUGCUGAGAUGGAGCCAUUUGAGGAUGAAGAAGUUGAUGACGAGGAUUAUACUCCUUCUAUAAGUAUAAUCGGAUAUACUAUAUAAUAUACCGGAGGAAGAUGAGAACGAGACCGACUAAGUAAAACCUCAACAGUGAGUAAUAAUCUCCACCUCGUUCCUGGCGUGUCAAGGUCGUUUAAUACUGUCAAGUGUGUUAUUUUUCAGAGAAUUUGUUUCCUGACAUUACAUUGUGACUUUUUUUUAUCAUAAAACUCAGGUCUUGGACGAGUAAAAAGGAAAAUGUGAAACCUUACGUGGAGAGGAAAUUCAUUGUGUUCGAGAAGAACUUGUUGAGCUUGUUUGCUUCCUGCCCAAUAUGUGCUGGUCCUGCAGAAGCGCAUCAAAUAUCAUCAAAGUUAUCGACACUAUGGUUAAAAUCAACCAGCGUUGCGCUGACGAGAAGUCGUGUCAGUUCUCUCAAAUGUGGUUCAGCCAGCCAUUUGUUAAAGGUCAGAUGCCUUAAGGUAACUUAUAGUUGUCAGCCUCUAUUUCAGGUUAGUGCCUUAAUUCGUAGGAAAUGUUGUUUCGUUUUAAGUUAAAUUGAAAGUCAAGAAUUCAAGGCCCUGCACCAGAGCGAAAUGAUUUGUCGGUAUAGUAAGACUAUGUCUGCUCAAUUUGUGUACUUAAUUUCAGUUAUUAUAAGACCAAGUCUCUGUAAGAAUCAAACAUCUUGGGGAAUGAAAAUUUUCAACCCCCCUUCAAAUUUUGCAUGCAGUUAGGUGCUCAAGGGGGAUGCACAAAAAUGCCCUUUUUAAAAGGUCGCAGCACUCUUGUUGCCAUGGUAACAACGACUGCCUGUUCGAGGCCUGAGGCCUCAUUUUCACACAAAAAACGUCGUAAAAAACAUCAUUCAUCUUCACAUUGAUUCAUUCAAUUUUCCCUGAGAGUGAAUGUGAAUGCACCAACAGAUUAUUUAUCUCGGUAAAGUUUCGGUCAUUUUUGUUGUCGGGUAAAACAGGGAAAACGUUUAUCUGAAUUUCUCCAAAAGUACACCGAUUCUGGAACUGAAACUGCCCACCUAGCUGGUUAUAAUAUUCUAGUUUUUAAAUGUGCAAAAAUCUCUGUGGGCCUGCCUCUAAUUUUUAUAGGGGCAAUUCGCGAACGAAGCUUAAAAAUCAGAUAUUGCAUAAUUUGGCAAUGUUUACAUCUAAUGCUCUCAACAACAAAUGUUUCAGAAAAAUGGAACAUGCAAGGCUUUGAAAGAAUGUUAUCUUAUGAGCAAUAUCCCGAUGAGAAAUCUCACAGCUGGCUGUCAUCUUUUAAAAAAAAUUGAUCAACCUUCAUGGAGGACUACUCGACGUAACUACAAACAUGUACCUCUAUUCGUGUGCAUAUCAUCCAGAUUCCGAGUGCUGCACCUUCUUUUAUGGGAAUUUGAGCGAUAUGAAGUCCUCUGAAGAUACAUGUAUGUCAUUUAAAACAUGUUGAAGUUGGCUGAUCUACAAGAAACUAUCCUCACACCGGUCAUUUGUCAUGAACAUGUUCGUUGUCACGAUGGCGUGACGCUGUACGUAUUUCUCUAUGAAGUAUCCAUCGGUCGCCCCAAAGAAGACGAGAAAUGGAAAUUUUUUGAUAUAUCAGCAGAUUUCCGCGCAUUCUGAGUAAAAACAACCCAAAAAAAAAAGAGCGCGAUUGAACGCUCGUAAACACUGAGAAUCUGAGAGCAGAAAUCGCAACUUGUUAGCGGCAGUACUAUAUGUGAAACCCAGUCGCCACACUUGAAAUUUGUACGACUUGCGCGAAAAUCAUCACCGAGAGGAGAUUUUGAACUACUCAGAAUCCCUGCAGUACAGCAAACGGAACAGGGAUUUCAUCACAAUCAAUGUCCAAAAAUUUAGCUUUUUUCAGGGAGUCUUUCACGUGCUCGAACGUUAUAUUGGCUUUGAGCCUUGAGAUUUAUUUCCCUUGACAAUAAAAUGCUAUAGAAAGUGCUUCCAAAUUACAAAGGAACUAUUUUUAGUGUCGCUUGGACCAAGAAAUACAGAUUUGAAAUAAUUAAUGCUGUCACUCAUGAACCAAAGGGCACAAUCUUCUCAGUUAUUAGCUUGAUAAUUUUACUGGACCGAACGAUCUCCUUUUUUUCCCGGUGACGGGGAAAUUUAAAGAGACCUUUUUAGGAAAUUGCGUUAUAUUCAUCUUUCUUUAAGCUUGUAAAAAAAGAUAUUUUGGUGUAACCAUGGGGAGUUUCGUUGAUGGAUAAUAAGUUGUUUGAAAGGUGGAAUCACGACAUUAUGGUUUCAUUAAAUCUUUUAUUUCGAAAUAUUCUUGCACUGCGGCAGUGUUUCUCGUCAUAUCUUAUGCAAAUUUUCUGACAAAUGAUUCGAAAUAUCUUAGUUUCUGUCACAAGGAAAUGAUAACUGCCCGAAUCUGCUAUAAGGAGUUGCCUAUGUCGUUCAAAUUGCGAUUGCAACUGAGUUUUACAUGUAGUAGUGCCGCUGACAAGUUACGAUUUAUACUCUCAGUGUUUACGAGCGUUCAAUCGAAGUUUUCCUGUUUUUUUUUUUUGGUUGUUUUUACUUCAGGAAGCGGAAAUCUGCUAAAAUAUAUGAAAAAUAUCCAUUUCUCGUCUUCUUUGGAGCGACCGAUGGAAAUUUCACGGAGAAAUACAGCAUCGUGAUAACGUACAUGUUUAUGACAAAUGACCGGUGUGACUGCGGAUAGUUUCGUGUAGAUCCGCCGACUUCAACAUGUUUCAGAUGAAAUACAAGUAUAACAGUGUAUCUUCAGAGGAUUUCGGAUUGCUCAAUUUCUCAUGAAAGAAGGUGCAGCACUCGGAAUCUGGAUGAUAUGCACACGAUUUGAGGUAUAUGUUUGUAGUUACGUCGAGUUAUCCUCCAUGAAGGUUGAUCAAUUUUCUUUAAAAGAUGACAACCAGAGACGAGAUUUCUCUUCGGGAUAUUGCUCAUAAGAUAACAUUCUUUCAUAGCCUCGCACGUUUCAUUUGUCUGAAACGUUUGUUGUUGAGAAUAUUAGAUGCAAACAUCGCCAAAUUAUGCAAUAUCUGAUUUUGAGCUUUUUUCGUGAAUUGCCCAAUCAUAUAAAAAGUAGAGGCAGGCCCGCAGAGAUUUUUACAUAUUCAAAAACUAGAAUAUUAUAACCAGCUAGGUGAUUAGUUUCAGUUCCAGAAUCGGUGUACUUUUGGAGAAAUUCAGAUUAACGUUUUCCCUGUUUUACCAGACAACAAAAAUGACCGAAACUGUACCGAGAUAAAUAAUCUGUUGUUGUGUUCACAUUCACUCCCAGGGAAAAUUAAAUGUAUCAAAGUGAAGACAAAUGAUGUUACUAUGUAUGGUAGAAGUGCCAAUUUGUGAUGUUGUAUUUAACUUGAGAUAGAGAAAUAAACAUUUCACUCUUUUUUUGCGACGUUUUUGUACGAAAACGACGCCUCAGGCCCUGAACAAGCAGCCGUUGUUACCAUGGCAACAACAAGCUGCGAAAAUUUUUGGGCAUCCCCCCUGAGCACCUAACUGCAUGCAAAAUUUGAAGGGGGGUUGAAAAUUUUAAUUUCCCAAGAUGUUUGAUUCUUACAAAGACUUGUUCUUAAAAUGCAUUUGAUUGCUUCUCAGGAUCUAGUACUGCUAAAAGCUUAAGGAUGCUGAAGUUAAUGAAUGUAGCAACCAUUUCUGAAUGUACUAGUACCUUCUAUCACCAAACCAGCUCUUAUCGUAAUGCAGUUGUUAUACAGCAGUGAAAGAGCAUCAGCAAGAUCUGAUUAAUGAAUUCCUUGAUAAAAACGAUGAGUUAAUACUGGCAGGUGAUGGGUGCUGCUACUCCCCAGGGUACUCUGCUAAGUUUGGCUCCUUCACAUUGAUUGGAAAGAGGGUCAACAGAGUGGUAGAUUUUCAGCUGGUUCAGGUUUGAAACUUUCCCAUGUAAUGGUUGAAAACUUUAAAGCUAUGGGUUAGCAUUCCUGAUUGCAAAGAUGUUUAUCACUAUUUCUGCAAUAUUAGUAACAGUGAAAAUUUUCUUUCUUCUGCAGAGUAAUGAGGUUAGAAAUAGUGCCUGGAUGGAGCAUGAAGGGUUGGUGAGGGCUGUAAAAGUAAUUACAGAUUCAGGACUGAGUAUUGCUGAAUCAAUCACAGACAGGCACAAACAGAACACUGUCUGGAUUAAACGAAAUCUGCCAAAUACAACCCAUUACUUUGACAUAUGGCAUGUAUGGAAAGGUAGAUGUACUAUGUGUUCUCAUUAAUUAUGCAUCUCAACAAAAAUAGGAUGUGGUCCCUUGUUUUUGAAGGAGCUUGCAGUUAAUUUAUGGAAUUUUAAAAUAUAUUCCUUUGGCCUACCCAGGCUUGUGCAAAAAGAUCAACAAGCUUGCCAAGAAAAAGGACUAUGACGAAUUGGUGAGUGACGCCAGUCCAUUUCCAAUCCCAUGUAUUGGUGUGCAGCUUCGACACCUGAUGGAAAUGGCAAAGUCAUACAAGAAAAAUGGAAAAUACUACCAUUACACAUUCAAAACAUUCAUGUCAAUGCAGAGAGUGAUCUAUAUCCUGAAUGUGGGCAUGGCAACCUGCAAGGAGAUGCAACUGAUCGGCUUUGGCUGCAACCAGGUAUAGUAAUUGCUAUAUAUUACACCUGACAAAAAAAAUAAAACAACUUUUGUUUUCAUCAUUUCUUGUGUAAGGACAGAAAUUAAAGUUGUGUACAACAGAAACUUACCAAUGUAAAGAUUUUUCGAAUGCCUAAGGGUACCUUUAUACUGUUCAUAAUACAUUCAAUUGUAAUUUGAAGCACUGAGUUUACAAUUAUAUGAUUUCAUAUCUCAUAGGCUCAUGCCCAGCUGUUAAACUGGAGGAGUUGUUACUGAAGCCUCAACUGCUGAAGGAUGUAGUAUAA